CCAGCUUCCUCUUGCUAUUUUACUCACCCUAUCUCACACUGUUAUUUCCUUCACCGCCAUCGUCACCAUACCCUUCUGACCCACCACCUCUGAGCUUGAUGACACCAAUCUUUCUCAGCAAUUCAAAGCCUUUUCUCCUUCAAACUUUCCUCUCCCUUGUUGCGUCCGACAACUCGCAAACUGUUCCAUUUUCCUUUCAUUUCUUGCCAUUCUUUUUUAUGGGCUCUCUACGUUUUGUUUACCCGUUUUUUUUUUUUUUUUAUCUCGCGCUCUCCUAUCUCUCUGAUCUCCUUUUCUGGGUUAACGGGGUCUAGGAUUGGUGCUUCUGGUUGGUAAUUUUAUGGCGCUCUUGGUCUUCUUCUUGUUUGCGUAGUUUCCAGAAGUUGUAAUCCAAACUGGGUUGAUUUCCUCCUUUCAUUAUUUCGAUUUUUCAUCAUCCACUGAUUCAAACGCGUGCCGUUCCUACAAUGCUGUCUCGGCAGCAAAACCCACCUGAGAUUUCGCAUUCUCUGCAGCAACAAAUUGGUCUCAACGACAAUAGCAUGCAAAGAGACAUGAGGUCCUUCUCCCUAAGACAGUAUGUUCUUGCUUCUCGUGAAAAGGAUAUCCUUCGUAGCUGGCCAUUUCCAAAGAAAUAUUUGCAAAUCUGUUUCAAGCAUGGUAUCAGCAAUGUGUUGCCGCCCCUUGAACCCCGUGAUUCGACUAUUCAAUCACUUAGAGGAUGUGCAACGUUCAAGUUUUCUGAACAAGAUAAUGAAAAGACUGAUUCCUUUGACAAUAAAAUAGCAGAUCCUGUUGGGCAGGAGAAGCUUAUUAAAGGUGAGUGUGAUGCAUACUCUUAUGAAGAACUAUCAAAAGUUUCCUGCCAGGACUGCCAUUUAUCUCUUUCUAGCAAUAGCUAUAAGCUUGAAGAGAACAACCACCUUACUUCUGAUAUUCCUUCUGUUGAUCAAAAGAACCGUAAAUCACAGAUUUCUUCCAAGAGGUUGAGGCAUAAGCGAAAAGGGUAUAAGGGGAAACGAAAGAAGCGGUCAAUGGUGGAUAUUUUAGCUAUAGCAAAGCAUUGUAAUAUGGAGGAUCUCCAUAGAAUUAACAGAAUGUUGAGCUGUGGUUCAGCAAAACCUCCGGAACAUGGGGGUGAACAAAAUGGACGAAUGGUCGAUGUUGAGAAUAAUUGCAAAUCUGAGCUGACUGAUGAGUGCUUGGACUUGAAGUUUCAAGGAGAUGAUUGCGAGGCAGCAAAUGUAAAUAUGUCGAGAGAAAAACAAUGGGUACUAAAGUUCAAGUUCAGUGGAUGCAAACCCAAAUAAUGAAACAGAUACUAAAAAAAUUUCGGCAGUAUAUAUCAAGCUCCAAGCCUGAAGAACAAUGCGGGGAAAGGGAAUUAAUUAAGCACCCACAGCGAUGAACUUGCCAUGCCAGCAUUAAUGUCAUUGCAUAUAAGGAACCAAAUGGAUCUUUAGUUUUUUGUAUGAUAGGGAUGGAUGGAUAGUAUCAAUGCAUCUUUAGCCAUUGAUUUUUAACAUUAUGUGCUGAAUACAGUAAUUCUGUUUUCCACUAUUUUAUCCUCAUUCCAUCCUCCAAAAGCUGAUGUGGCGUGGUCUU